AUGAAACCUUCCAAGAAAUUCACCCCGCCAAAGUUCACGUCAUACGAUGGAAAGUCAGACCCAUUGACGCACAUUAGCCAUUAUAGACAGAUGAUGUCCCUAUGGAGCCAAGACGAAGCACUGAUGUGCAAAGUCUUCCCGUCCAGCUUGGGAGAAUUCGGACUCCGAUGGUUUGAUCGACUCCCCGCUGGGUCAAUUUAUGGCUGGAAGCAACUCUCCGAAGAGUUCUUAGCUAGGUUCGUCUCCAAUACUAAGAUCCCGAAAGAGCCGGAUACACUGUUCAGUCUCCUAAAGGAAUAUGAAGAAAUGCUGCGUAAUUAUGCCAGGAGGUAUUGGAAAGAGUACAAUGACUUAGAGAAAAAUGUUUACAGUGAGCAGAUGGCUGUUAUGUCUUUCAAACAUGGCCUGUGCCCGGAAAGUAAAUUGAGACAGUUACUUACGAAGCACCUAGCCACAACACUAAAAGAUUUGCGUGCUAGGAUAUAG